CAACGCCCUGAACUGCACCUCCACCACAUCCAACCCAGAGAAGAAGUCGCCGUACGAGAUGUGGCACGGGCACCCUCCCCCGCCGGGGGCGACGUACCCGUUCCUCAAACCUGCCGUAUACAAGGUCAAGCGCACACACGAGCCGAAAGCCCAAAAGUGUUUUUACCUCGGCCCGGGAAUCAGCACCAACCGUGAUUGCGUGGGCAUCUUGAACGAAAAGCGCCAAGCGGUCACAACUCGCAACUUCACCUGGCAAUCCGUACCCGCCGCCCCCGACGCCCUGCCCCAGUCGUUGCCUCCCAUCGCAGAGGAGGAAGUGGAAUCCACGACUGAGGAGGACGAGGUUGGGGAGGGCGCGUCGAACCAAGGUGGAGGGAGGGCGGAGAGAGAACCUGUGGAUGGAGGACCAGGUUUCAACCUUGGCACGACGGCAGCCCCAGGGCCCGCGGGGCCGCCCGCGCGCGCAGCGCCGGCGGCACCGCCGGCCGCGCCCCAGGAGUCGGGCGCGGGCGACGCUGGCGAUGGCGCCCCCUCGAGCAGGGAGAGCGCGAGCGUCGCCCCAUCUACCACGUCGACCGGCACGGCCGAUCCGCGAAGCUGCGGCAGCGACAGCGACAGCAGCAGCGGCGGCAGCGGCGGCGAUGACGGCGGCAGCGACAGCAGCAGUGGCAGCGACAGCGAGACGGAUCUCCCGGCGCUCUGUGGGCCAGAGGCCCGGCGGCUCGCCCGCUUCGACAAGCCGGCGGAACUCACCAGCCGCCGCACUAGGGAGAACCCUCGCCGAAACCCGAGGUACGAGUCGCCCCCGUCGCCGACAAGUGCCGAAGCCCUGCUCGCCUCGGUGGCGAGCCUGCCCGUCAGCAGGACGGAGGGGUUCACCAGCUGGAUGCUCCCGGCGAUGCUUCACGUGGCGGAGGAGCUAGAGGCGAGGGUGGUGCGAGAGUUGCUGUUCGAGCGAGCGGAGGAGGCCCACACUGCGCGCCAAGGGGAGGAGGAUUUCCUGCUGGGUACGGUGGACCUCAUGCUCAACUCGCCAGACGCCUUCGAGACGGCUCUGGCGUCCCACGAGCUAAGUGAAUCCCCCAUAGGCAAGCGUCCGAGUGAUGUAGAAGCCCCACCCAUGACUGUAGCCGGCGUUGCCAAGUCUGUUUACCGAGAGGGGUGGGAACAGGCCAUGAGGGAAGAGUUUGAAGGGCACUUGGGCAGGGGGACGUUUUCAUUCGCCAUGAGGGAAGAGUUUGAAGGGCACUUGGGCAGGGGGACGUUUUCAUUCGUACAUAGCGCGCCAGAGGGGCGCAGGCCUGUGGGCUCAAAGUGGUGUUUUAGUUGGAAGACCAACAAGGAAGGGAAGAUAGAAAAGUUCAAAGCGCGUCUGGUUGCUAGGGGGCUUUGGCAAAUCCCGAACGUCGAUUAUUUCCAUUCGUUUUCCCCUUGCCCAUUAUCCGUAUCCAUCAAACUGAUGCUUGCGGUAGCAAGCAAGAAGGGCAUGAACCUCAAUCACUGGGAUGUGAAGCAGGCGUAUACACACGCUACGCUAGACGAGGAGGUUUUUCUGAAGCUCCCCGCUGGGUGCGGGGACAAGUCGCAUAAGAUUGCUAAGGCUGAGCGUGCGAUUUAUGGUCUAAAGCAUAGCGGUAGGCAGUGGGGGUACCACGCUGCUGAUACGCUUGUCGAGAACGGGUUCGAGCAGUGCAAGGCGGACCCGUGUGUUUUCCGCAAGAUGGUAGACGAAGUCGUGGUGAUGAUUAUCGUGAUUUAUGUGGAUGACAUUUUGGUGGCUGGGUCUGACGAGGAUUGCGAGGAGUUGCUUUCUUCUCUCAACAAGAGUGGGAAUGGUUUGAUGGGUGUGCCAUCGAGAGAGAUGUAG